AUGACAAAAACUUCGACAUUUAUUUUUUUGGUGACUUAUAUCUACGUUAUCUCAACGCUUGCACAUUCACAAGGAACCAGGUAUGACCUGAUGAGAUUAAGGGAUACGCUGUUCCAGAACUACACAAAGGACUUCCGGCCAGUCUAUAACCUGAGUGAUUCAAUAAACGUAUCACUUGAAAUGUUCCUAAUAUCCAUUAUAGACCUAGACGAAGUCACUGGGACAAUCACGCUGAACUGUGCAAUAUCAAUGGUAUGGACAGAUGAUCAGUUGGUUUGGAACCAAAGUGACUUCGCAGGCAUCACUUCAUUUGUGUUUAACUCAUCAUAUGUUUGGAAGCCUAGAGUUUAUAUUUCAACAUCUUCAGAUGAUUUAACUGAUUUCUCUUUUGACGCAUUCGAUGUUAGAGUUUAUUCAAAUGGAACAAUAACGUCUACGCCUGGCCGACACGUGAGGUCGAGCUGCCUCUUCGAUAUGACCAAAUUCCCAUCAGAUUCGCAAUUAUGUACACUCCAAGUCAUACCGUGGACUCAUCCAGCUUCUGAAAUGACAUUUAUUAUAGCAAACCCAGAAAUCAACUUGGCUUACUACAAAUCUAAUGGAGAGUGGGACAUCGACUGGACCAGCGUGACAAACAACACAGAUUCUGGAACAUUAUAUUCUGUAAUAGAUUUUUCCAUUCACCUGACAAGACGGUCCGCAUACUUCCUCGUGUCUAUGACUACGCCAGUACUUCUUCUAUGUUACCUAAAUCCCUUUGUUUUUCUAUUACCGGCCCCAUCAGGGGAGAGAAUAUCUUACACUAUUACAAUAUUCUUGUCAUUGGCUGUCUACAUGACAAUAAUUGGAGACAACAUGCCACAGAUUUCAGAACCAAUGGCAGGGAUUUCCUAUUUCCUUCUUGUGGCUAUGUUAUAUAGCUCUUUGCUAAUCCUGCUUACAAUAUUCACUCUUCGCUGUGAUUAUGUAAUUGACAAACACGAGUUCCCUGACUGGGUGUUGUGGCUAGCCUCAAAACAAGGGCCACGCAAACGACUCGACAAUAAAGUAAACAUCGCUAAGGAAAUCAAUAUUGUUCAUGUGAAGGAGCAUCACGAUUCAAAAGAUGAUACCAUUACUGUUGGAGAACAUGAAAAGGAAAAUGGUAACAAUAAAAGCGACGUUAUGAUCGUAAUUGACAGACUUCUGUUUUGGAUAACACUUUCGAUGAUGGUUGUUAUAUCUUUGGUAUUUUCGAUUUACUUCUGGGUUUGA